UAUUUUAAAUUACUUUUCAGUCUUGGUACACUGAGAUUAUAACACUUAAAUUGGCUAGAUUACCUAUCUUGUUAUGUUGAGGGAAAUCCUGAUCAGCCUUUAAAUGUUUUCCAGAUGUGCAACUUUCUGAAUGUUCAGAAAAAAUCAGGAAAAAAAUAACGAAGUAGUAUGGUAAAGUUUUCACUAUUUCGAGGAGGGUGAAAUCUGUUCUUCAAGGAGUUUAAAUGAGGAGACAUACUGUGCAGAUCUGGGGAACUUCGUCAACUUUUUAAACAGACUUAACAAGAACUUUCUCUUUCAGCUUUCCACUGAAUAAUAUUGUAAUAUGUCCAAGCAGGCUGCCCUUCAAAGUGCACUAUUCCAUGCCUGCUGUGGAACUUUCAACAAUGACUGUUGCAACACAAUAACUGGUGUUUGGUAUCUAUGUUUAGCAAUAAUUUUAAUGCUGAUACUUGUAUCAUGUAAUGACAUUUUGAAGUCUCGAUGUUACUUCAUAGGAUUUCCUUGGAGUAAAUCUCAAGUUUAUCUAAUACAUGGAAGUGCUGCAGAUGAUCAGUCUCAACUUCUUCUUGUAUUUGAUGAGGAGAGCGAUCAGCUUUUGGAGGAAGAGGUCCGACCACCUGCACCGCCUCCCUACUCUAUGGUCGACGAGACUAUUAAAGCAAAUAUGCUCCUCUCUUCUCUUCAAUAAAGUAUAUGAAAAAUUAAUCUUAUCAGACAAUAUGUUUUGCAAACAAUUGUAAGGCCGUUGUAAGCUUGCACAGAAAUAAGAACCAUAAGAUUAAUUCUUGAACUAU